AUGACAUUAUUUUCAUUGAUAUGUUUAGUGUUUAUUGAAACGGUGACGGUUUAUUCUACACAAAAAUUAAAACUCCCAGACUUUUCAAAAGGUGAUACAAUUAAAUAUGAUCAACUUUCAAAAUUUAUUCUAGAAGACCCCUCAUCAUCCGAAGAGUAUCUGUCUAAUGAUCCAAUUGUAAAUUACUUGCGUAAUGAAAAUCACGAACCAGGAAAACCAUCAGAUAGAUCAGAAGGGUAUAUUUUCAAUGAAAAGUUGUGUAAACUGAUAAAAAAAAGAAUUUUAUGUGGUUAUGAUAGAAAUAAGGGAGAAAUAAGUGAAGAGAAAUCUGUGGAUAUCGGCAAUAACUGUAUCAUACGCAACGACAGAAUUGAAUGCGGGUAUUUAAGUAAACCAUUCAACAGUUCAUUACAUUUGAGAUUCAGAUCUGUUACCUUCACAGAAAGUUCAAUUACUACAAUAACAAAUAAAACUGGUUCUACAGAAAAGCAGGAUCACAUAAACAUAUCUGAAAACUUUAAUACAAACACUGAGCUACCAGUACAGUUACCAGUAUCAAACACCUCUGAAUCAACAAUUAAUGUCCUAAAUACUCCUGAAAGGAGUUUUAAAGAAACUAGCCCUGUUACACAGCCAUUGAAAAUAGCACCAGAUACUAUAUUAUUAAAUAAAUCAUCACCAGCAAUCUUGUCUAGCAGUGUCCCACCAAUAAAAACCGCAAAGGAAUCUGACCCAACAACAUCACUAUCAUCACCCAUUAAUUUUAUUAAAAAUAUAACAAAUAAAAUAGAACUGCCAAUUCAUUCUGGCGUAUUAAACAAUGAAGCAUAUACAGAAAACAGAAAUAAAACCGAAAGCGUAAGACAAGGGCUAAUACGUAAAUUGAUGAACAACAUCGAAAACAAAAAAGCAAUUAGAAGGGAAGAACCACACAUUGAGUCAAUACCACCUUCAAAAAAUUGUAAAUGCCCUAAUCAAGCUUCAAUUUUAAAAGAUUCAUCAACAACAUUUUUUUUAAGAGCGAGAAGGAAUUCAAAAUCUUUGAGAAAAGGAAAUAAUAAAACCAACAUUAAAACAGCAUGCGUUGAAAAUAAAGACCGCAUUGUAUGUCUUGAUUAUAAACUAGAAUAA